AUGCGUGAUGGCCGCGCUGUCCGCUACCACAAGCAGCAUAAUCAUAGACAGCAUACGACUCGUCGCCGUGCGUACACUACUGACCUAGGCGCGGUAGAUUUCGAUACGGGCCGGCAGACAUCUGGGGAUCUCGGGCCUGUGUUGCUCGACCCAACGCCACGUAUUGAUGAACCUACAGUGGGUGGUCUGACUACACCUGCCAGUAUGCGGCAACGUACACUCUCUACUUCGUCGACCUCGGUCACUGUCCAUAGGAAGUCGGCUGAGUUUUUGUGA